AUGGCGUGUAAUAUCUACACUCAACACGGUGCCAAUGUGUUAGGCAACGCCAACGGCACAGCCGCCGGCGUGGCGCCUCUGGCUCACUUGGCCAUUUACAAAGUCUGCUCCUCCUCCUCAGAUGGCUGCUUCGAGAGCGACAUACUGGCGGCGAUGGAUGCGGUGAUUGACGAUGGCGUGGACGUAAUUUCGAUCUCUUCCGGCGGACGUUCCACGCGCUUUUACGAGGAUAACCUCGCGCUCGGAGCGUUCAGCGCGGUGCAGAAGGGUAUUUCGGUCAUUUGCUCUGCCGGGAACGACGGCCCUGCUCAUACCACUUUAGUGAACGGAGCCCCGUGGAUUCUAACAGUCGGCGCCAGCACAACAGACAGGAGCCUGAGGGGAACAGCUGUGUUAGGGAACAAUGUAGAAUUUAACGGCGAAUCGGUGUUUCCGCUCGAUUCUCCGCCUCUGCCGCCACAACUACCUCUGCUUUACCCCGGAAUGAACGGCGUUUUGGCUGCUAGUCUCUGCGAUGCAGAGUCGCUAAACGACACGAGUAUUGUCAAAGGAAAGAUUGUUUUGUGUCGUAUCGAGUCGACAAGAAGUAGACGAACUGAACAGGGUCAACGGGUGAAAGAUGCCGGUGGGACCGCCAUGAUUCUGAUGAACAUGGACUAUCAGGGAUUCACCACAUCCACGGACGUUUACGCCAUUCCGGCAACAAAUGUGAACUACGAAGAUGGAUUAACGAUCUUGUCGUAUUUGAAUUCGACAUCUACUCCAACAGCAACAAUCGAGUUCAAAGGAACAAUAACCGGCGAUAGAAAAUCCCCGACGGUGGCUGACUUUUCUGCCAGGGGACCGAAUUACGAAAGCCAGGGAAUCCUAAAGCCGGAUGUCGUAGGCCCGGGAGUUAACAUUCUUGCAGCUUGGCCGAAUCUUGCCGCAAAUAAUAACACGAGAAGUAACUAUUUCGAAAUGAUCUCGGGUACUUCGGUGUCGUGCCCUCACCUGAGCGGCGUGGCGGCAUUGAUCAAGAGCGCGCAUCCCGAUUGGUCGCCCGCCGCCAUCAAAUCGGCGAUCAUGACUUCUGCUGACGUCGUGGAUCGCGAGAACCACCCGAUAAUGGACGAAGAGCAUCUCCCGGCCGAUGCGUUCGCUAUCGGUGCGGGGUAUGUCAACCCUGCAAGGGCGAGCGAUCCGGGGCUUAUUUACGAUAUCGCCCCUGACGACUAUAUCCCUUACUUGUGCGGCUUGAAUUACACGAGUAGGAAGGUGAGCAAGAUCUUGCUACGUAGAGCGCAUUGCUCGGCGGUGCCGAUAAUUCACGAAGGGCAGCUGAAUUAUCCUUCGUUUGCAAUUCGGUUACGAUCGCCUAGUCAGACAUUUACGAGGACGGUUACUAAUGUUGGAGUGGCUGUUUCGAGUUACAACGUUGAGGAUGUUGCGCCACAUGGCAUUAGCAUGGUUGUGACGCCCGAGACACUUAAUUUCACCCGGUUGAACGAGAAAUCGACAUACGAAGUCAGUUUCCGGGGAUCGGAAUAUGUCGGCGACACGUUUGAUUCUCGUCAGGGGUAUAUUCUCUGGAAAUCGGCUAAGCAUUCGGUUAGGAUCCCAAUUGCUGCUUUCCAUCUUUGA